AUGAAGAUCAACCUCGGAGACGGACCUUCUUGGAACGAGUUGCUUGAAGUCUUAGACUUUUGCAGGACGUGGAGUUAUGACAAGAAAAAAAUGGUAGGAUUGCUAUCUGUCUUGAACGUCGGAAUAUAUUGGUUUGCUCGUUCUAGUAGAAUCACUCUGAUGGCUGCCAAAAGAGUGUUGGAUCUAGAGGCGUUUGAGAGGUAUCCAUGGGGCUGUGUGUCCUUUAGGGAGCUUGUCAAGUCGAUAAAUAUUGCAUGUUUGGAGGGUGGGUCGUUGACACUUCAUGGCUGUGUGCAUGCGAUGCUUGUAUGGGCAUAUGAGUCGGUAACAAUCCUUGGUGAGAAAUUUAGGAAAAGAAGAGAAGCACCAAUUCCUCUUCUACAUUGGGCUUCAAGUCGCGCGAGAUACAACCUUGAGACCGUUUUGUUGGAGGAGAAGAAAAGUCACGGGAAGGUUCGUGUUAGACACUUAUUGAUCAAGCCUUUGGUGGAGAUAUAUCCUUCAUGGGAAGGAAAGAAUGAAGAUAAGGUAGUUGAUAACAUGAUACGUGAUAUUAUUGGUGGAUGCUUGGAUGAAUCUGUUUGGGAUGUUCAAAGACCGAAGGACAAGAAAAUCCAGAAAAUAUCUGAGCUUGAAGAGAAAGAAGAGAAAGAAAAGAACAAAAAGAAGGAAACGAAGACGGAUGGAAAAAGGGAAAAGAAGGAAAAGAAGAGGAGAAACAAUAGUGAGCCGUUAAGCGAGGAAAAAAGUGAUAAGGAAAGCGAGGAUGUUGACAUGAGUAUCCCGUUAACAGAGAUUGUAAAGAAAAAGAGAAGAGAGCAUAAAGAGAGUCGUAGAGGUGAAGAAAGGGUUGAAAAGAAGAAAGUGGAAGAGAGUGGUGAAGUGAUUUCGCUCCUUAAUUCAUUGCUUAGUAAAGUGGAUGAGUUGGGCAAGAAGUACGAAGGCAUCGAUAGUAGGAUGGAAUCACUAGAGAACAAGAAAGGCAAGGCGACUGAGCUAGAUGCACAUUCGAAGGUGGGCGAUGAAGGAGAUGGGUCUAAGAACGAAGAUCUGAUGUCAUGGAUGGUAGAGCAGCAGGCAACAUCUCAGGCCGAUUUUCCAAUUAACUGUGUUGUUAGAAACAUGAAAGUUGGGACAAAGGUCCUGCGAAAUGUGGAAACUGCUGUUGAGAAGAAGAAAGCUAUUGUUGAGUUUAUCGAUAUGACUAAAGAGAACAAUGAAGCCAAAAAGUCUUGA